AUGCGCACUAUCUCCGCCCUCGCCACGAUCGCUAUCUUGCGUGGUCUAUUUGCUCGGCUGGGAAUGCCUACUCUCGUGGUGAACGACAACGGGACGCAGUUCACAAGUGCGGAGUUUGUAGAAUUUUGUGCAAUGAACAGCAUUCAGCACGUAACGACCGCACCAUACCAUCCACAAUCCAAUGGCCAAGCGGAGCGAUUUGUGGACACCUUCAAGCGGGCCAUCAAGAAGAUCAGAGAGGGGAGAGAUACAAAAAAUGCAGCUUUGGACACUUUCCUUCUCACUUACCGAAGUACACUAAACCGUUCGGCACCGGAGGGGAAAUCACCGUCGGAGGUAAUGUUCAGUCGCAAACUUCGAACUUGUCUCGAACUACUGCGCCCGCCCGCUGCGUGUGCUCCAGCUACCGAGUCAGCCGAUAACAACAAACAUAGGUUCUUUAACCGAGCUGAUCCUGUCUUUGUUCAGGUGCACGUGCGAAACAGCUGGAGAUGGGCCUCUGGCGUGGUUGUUGAGCGCAUCGGUACCGUGAUGUACAACGUGUGGGUCGAAGAACGUCGUAUGCUGCGAUCUCACAUCAACCAAAUGCGCAGCCGUGCCGGUCUAACACCAACCGUCGGGCAACCCGUUGCCCUUGGACGUCCUUUUGGAAGCAUGGAAUCUGCCGCAGUCACCACAAGUGCAACCUUCUUCACCAUCAGUAUCGGCAAGCACAACGCCUAUGCAGAUGUCGCUCGAUAA